AUGGACAGGCCGGCGGCAGCGGCGGCGGCGGCGGCGGCGGCGGCGGCUGGCUGCGAGAGCGGCGGGGGCCUGGGCCCGGGACCGGCGGGCGGCAGGAGGCCCCCUUGGGUCGCUGGGGGCCCCGCCGUCGGCUCCCGGCAGCCAAGCGUGGAGACUCUGGACAGUCCUACAGGAUCACAUGUUGAAUGGUGUAAACAGCUUAUAGCUGCUACAAUUUCUAGUCAGAUUUCAGGUUCAGUGACAUCAGAAAAUGUAUCCAGAGAUUACAAGGUUUUCAGGAGGCCUGAUAUAAGGAAUAUUCAUAAAGCAAGACAAAGAUUGGAGAUUCAGGAAGAACACAAUGGCUACCCUUCUGAAGCUGAAGCUGAUCAGGCUCUAAGGGAUGGAAAUAAGCUGGCACAGAUGGAAGAAGCACCACUUUUCCCAGGAGAAUCAAUCAAGGCCAUUGUGAAAGACGUUAUGUAUAUCUGCCCAUUUGUGGGAGCAGUGACUGGCACCCUGACAGUGACAGACUUUAAGAUGUACUUCAAGAAUGUAGAGAGAGACCCACAUUUCAUCCUUGACGUCCCCCUUGGAGUGAUCAGCAGAGUUGAGAAGAUUGGAGCACAAAGCCAUGGAGACAACUCUUGUGGCAUAGAGAUCGUGUGCAAGGAUAUGAGGAACUUGCGACUUGCUUAUAAACAGGAAGAACAGAGUAAACUAGGGAUAUUUGAAAACCUCAACAAACAUGCAUUUCCUCUUUCCAAUGGGCAGACACUCUUUGCCUUCAACUAUAAAGAAAAAUUUCCAGUGAAUGGAUGGAAAGUUUAUGAUCCAGUAUCUGAAUAUAAAAGACAGGGCUUGCCAAAUGAAAGUUGGAAAAUAUCCAAAGUAAACAGUAAUUAUGAGCUCUGUGACACCUACCCUGCCAUCAUUGUUGUGCCAACUAGUGUAAAAGAUGAUGAUCUUUCAAAAGUAGCAGCAUUUCGAGCAAAAGGUAGAAUCCCGGUGUUGUCAUGGAUUCAUCCAGAAAGUCAGGCAACAAUUACCCGUUGCAGCCAGCCGCUUGUGGGUCCCAAUGAUAAGCGCUGCAAGGAAGAUGAGAAGUACUUACAAACAAUAAUGGAUGCUAAUGCACAGGCUCACAAACUCAUCAUCUUUGAUGCCCGGCAAAACAGCGUCGCUGACACAAACAAGGCAAAGGGUGGGGGCUAUGAAAGUGAAAGUGCCUACCCAAACGCUGAACUCAUGUUCCUGGAGAUUCACAACAUUCAUGUCAUGAGAGAGUCGCUGCGAAAACUGAAGGAGAUUGCAUACCCGGCCAUCGAUGAGGCACGCUGGCUGUCCAACGUGGACGGGACCCACUGGCUAGAGUACAUUCGGAUGCUUCUUGCUGGGGCAGUAAGAAUUGCUGAUAAAGUAGAAUCCGGGAAGACCUCAGUCGUGGUGCACUGCAGUGAUGGCUGGGACCGAACAGCCCAGCUGACGUCUCUGGCCAUGCUGAUGUUGGACAGUUAUUACCGCACCAUUAAAGGAUUCGAGGCUCUCAUAGAAAAGGAGUGGAUAAGCUUUGGACAUAGGUUUGCACUGCGAGUGGGCCAUGGCAAUGACAACCAUGCAGAUGCUGACCGAUCCCCUAUAUUCCUUCAGUUUAUUGACUGUGUCUGGCAAAUGACGAGACAGUUUCCUUCAGCAUUCGAGUUUAAUGAACUCUUCUUGAUUACAAUUUUGGAUCACCUUUAUAGUUGUCUCUUUGGGACUUUCUUGUGCAACUGUGAACAGCAACGACUCAAAGAGGAUGUAUCUACAAAGACUGUAUCUUUAUGGUCAUAUAUCAAUAGCCAGCUGGAUGAAUUUUCUAAUCCCUUCUUUGUGAAUUAUGAGAACCACGUCCUCUAUCCUGUUGCUAGUCUGAGUCAUUUGGAAUUAUGGGUAAACUAUUACGUGCGAUGGAAUCCACGAAUGAGGCCUCAGACGCCCACCCACCAGAACCUCAAGGAGCUGCUGGCCGUCCGCGCAGAGCUGCAGAAGCGGGUGGAGGACCUGCAGCGGGAAGUGGCGGCGCGCGCCUCAGCCUCAUCGGAGCGGGGCUCCUCACCAUCACACUCGGUGACGCCCGUGCACACGUCAGUCUGA